AUGGAGGAUAUGCUAUCAAGAGUUUUGAAAAAUGUGGAGUCAACCAAUUCCUUUUGUCAAGAAAUGGGGCAAGUGGUGACUUCUCAUUCCACUUCCAUUAAACAAAUUGAGUCACAACUAAGCCAAAUCUCGACUCAACUUAAUCAAAGUGGGGAAACAAUUCGGCAAGAAGAGUUGGUGAUGAAAAAAGGGUUGGUUGAUGAAGCAAAAAUUGUUGAAGAGCCAAGGGUCAUUGAAGAAGAAGUAAAGAUGAAAAAGAAGAAGACUACUAUCAAGGAGCCUAUUGUUAUUGAACACAUCCCCAAAAGUGAUGAAGUGUCGGAAGGCGAGAAAGUGGUUGAUGAGGUUACUAAAGCUUUGAAGCCUACUCCUAAACCUCCUCCUCUAUUUCCUCAAAGAUUGGCUAAGAAAGCGGAUGAUGGCAAUUUUCUCAAGUUCAUAGAGAAAUUGAAACAACUUUCAAUCAAUAUCCCAUUAGUGGAGGCACUUGAGCAAAUGCUCGGGUAUGCGAAAUUCAUGAAAGAUAUUGUAACCAAGAGGAGGCAUUCUAGUUUUGAAACAAUGGGGGUUACACAUCAUUGUAGAUCUAUUGUGACAAAAGCUUUGGCUCAUAAGAAAGAAGGCUCGGGAACUUUCACCAUUCCUUGCACAAUUGGGAGUUACAAAUUUGCAAAGGCCUUAUGUGAUCUUUGA